CUGUUACAAGGAACUGCCAAAAGUCGAUAGGAUUUCAGAUUUUUUAUGUCUAUAAUUCUUUUACAUGAAUGUAGCUAUUUUGUUUUGAUUAAAAUGUAAUAAUUAGCUUGGAAUCAAAUUUUAUUAACAUGGGCACUAACGGGAACGGUCGUCGUGGCGGCACGAAGCUGCCUGACGUUCGUCGUCCCAUGGAAGAAGGAGACUGUGUGAACGACAUGGAAAGUCCUGAAUUGGAUUUCGUUUAUGAUGAUUGUGAUACGCAAGCUAAUGAAAUUGCAGAACUCUAUAGUUACACUGAACACCCUGAAUUUCAACUGAACGUUAAAGCUUUUGAGGACAUUAUGGAGGAAUUUAACUUGCCUCCUAGUUGGCAAAGACUUUCGAACCAACAACAACGCACUGUAGUGAUGAAGCUACUUGAGCAUCUUGAUGUUGCAGUUACAGAGAUACGAAUGCGAGCGACGAGAUGUAUACUCUACCUAGCACAAGGCUGCUGGGCCGAAAUGCAGUCCGAUGCUGAACAGGCGCAUUGGGCACGUAUUAAUAUUAUGACACUCUAUGAAAUGGGGACAUUUGCUGCAUUCGUUGAACUUUUGAAUUUGGAAAUAGUAAGAAGUAACGCAGCUGUAGCAUCUAGAAAGCUAGCAGAGUCAUUAGUAGAUUCAACCAACUUGAGAGUGAUACUGUCAGUAUUAUACCUCAUUACGGAACACAUGCGAACUGAAAAAGAUAAUCCAGAUUCCGAGUAUUCAGAUCUAGUUAAAAACUUCAAAGAAGAAAUAGGAACACCUUUUAAUGAAGAAUUACUGCCGGUGAAGCUCUUGGGUAUGGUAACACAGCUAUGUGUUGGAACUACACCCCAUUUUCCUAUGAAAAAAGUGCUUUUACUGCUCUGGAAGAUAUUACUAGUGUUUCUUGGUGGUUCUAAAGAAUUGAAAGAACGUAAAGCUAGAUUGCGUGAAAAGUAUGGUUUACCACCUUGUACUGAAGAUACCCUUGAAAUAAUAAAGGGCAUGCGUUCAAGUUCUCCACCACCGAGUGCAGCUGACAUGUUGGAAAACCAGAAUCCUGGGCAGAGGAAGUUAAAAGAGAAUGAAAGAGCUCUUAGGCGACAGACAUUUAUGAAACAAACUUCUCUUGAUGAAUCUGAUGAACAAAUCUUCGUAGACAAAGAGGAAACCAGUAACGGAUCUGAAGAUUACUCUAUGGAAUUUCAGUCAAUGUCAGCUGAGGGAGUUCAGAAUGCCAACACAAACCAGAACUGCCCAUACUACAUGUAUAUAAAAAGAUUAGACAGUCCCCCACCCCCUCCACCACUCCCUAGAAGCCUGCCCUGGAGAUCAAAAGUCCGACAAAAAGACAUAGACACAUUUCUUGAUAAUGUAAGAGUGAAAUUUGUAGGUUACUCGCUGCCUGGUGAUAGACAAACCAUUGCUGGCCUUCCACAACCUAUACAUGAAGGAAUCGAGAUAUUAAAAAAGCAUACAUACACAAGCCUCGCUGAGGUUCAGGCCGAGAGGGAGCUGGAGAUUAUCCGCAGCCCUCUCACGAAAGGCGAAAAAGAAGUUGAGGAAACUGAAGCGGAGAUAUUAUAUAGAGCUGUACAGCCAAACCUUCCACAGUAUAUAAUCGCUCUACUUAAAAUUCUCUUAGCCGCCACACCCACGUCAACGGCGAAAACAUACUCCAUGAAUAUAAUGGCUGACGUGUUGCCAGAAGAGAUGCCAAUGACCGUGCUACAAUCACUCAAACUGGGUAUAGAUGUUAAUAGACAUAAAGAGAUCAUAGUUAAAGCCGUGACCGCCAUCCUGCUGCUUCUGUUGAAACAUUUCAAAUUAAAUCAUAUAUAUCAAUUUGAAUUCAUGUCACAGAAUCUAGUAUUCUCUAACUGCAUGCCUCUCGUUUUAAAAUUCUUCAACCAGAACAUCUUAUCGUAUAUAGGAGCUAAGAAUUCAAUACCCAUAUUUGAUUUCCCCGCUUGUGUUAUCGGCGAGCAACCGGAAUUGACGAGAGAUUGUUUGGACAUCGGAGACUCGUCAGUACCAUACUCGUGGAGGAACGUGUUCUCAUGCAUAAACUUGUUACGAAUUCUCAACAAACUCACUAAGUGGAAGAACGCUAGAAUCAUGAUGCUUGUCGUAUUUAAGAGCGCUCCGAUAUUAAAACGUACACUCAAAGUCCGUCACGCUCUCAUGCAGUUCUAUGUAUUGAAGCUGCUCAAAAUGCAAACGAGAUAUUUGGGGCGACAGUGGAGGAAGACGAACAUGAAGACUAUUAGUGCCAUUUACUCCAAAGUCCGGCAUCGGUUGAACGAUGACUGGGCGUUCGGUAACGAGGUCGAUGCUCGGCCAUGGGAUUUCCAGGACGAAGAAUGUGCAUUGAGAGUAAGCGUAGAGAGAUUCAAUCAGAGACGGUAUGGAAACGCCAGUGAACUGGAAACUGAACUCACCCCGGUGGACACAGAUAUAAAUAGUGUUCUCGAUAGUAAUAUAGAGCUGGACGAGGAAUUCAAGUCUAACUAUGAGUUGUGGCUGGAGCAAGAGGUGUAUAACAAUGAAAUCAACUGGGACGUUCUGCUCUCCACAUAAAUUUGUACUAGAUUUGGUUUUUAUUGUGUAAUCAAGUUUUUUAUAUAGUCUUAUUUCCUUGGUUUAUAGUUGUGUAUGUGAUUUUGUUUAUUAUUGAACAUGUAUAUAGUAUUUAAAGACAAAGUGUUAUCUUAGUACAGUGUAUCUUGAUAUCAAGGAUUGCUUUGAAAAUUUUUAUUGUUACACAAAGAAAAUGUUUGCAAAAAGGUUUUAAAGUUCUCAUCCAAAAAAAUGAUUCUAAUAUGAAAUUCAAUAACUGAUAUUAUUGUUUCAGAACCAAAAUUGAUUAUAGAUUUUAGUGGCAUGUAUUUUUAAUUCAUGGAUUUAAAAAAAUAUAUAAAAAUGAUCUUAUUGGUACAUACACUAAUUAUAAUUUUUUUUUUUAAUUUAAAGCGAAGGUCAUAUAGCUAUACAGUUUCAUACAUUUUGACAUUACUGUAAAAGUAACACCAAAGCUUAUUUGAAACAAAAAAAAAGUAUAAUUCAGUAAUUUUUUCAAAAAUAACCAAAAUACGAGUAAUAUAGAGUAAAUGUUAUAAAGAAAUUUGGAUAUAUUUAUAUGGGAUUCUAAAUCUUUAGUCACUUUCUAAGUUCUAGAAGGAUCGGUUAUUAUUAUUCUUUUUUUUAUAUAAUUAUAUAACAGAAUCCAGUAACGAAGAUUUUUUCAGAUUUUAAUAUUAAAUUUAAGAUACUUUACUUUGUAUUAAUUCGUACAUAUUUAGACUAAAUAAAAGAGUUGUACAUUACAGAA